AUGGGGGGCAGUUCUCUCAGCAGUUGCCCUGGCUCUGCCAACCGCUUCCAAAACGAGAUGGAGCGCCAAAAGGAAAACCCGGAGUGCCAGAACCCAACAAUGCAGAGAAUCAUAGCUACAAUCAGCAGAAGCUUUGCCGAAGUCACUAAGGAUAUGAGCGUCCUGCUUGCCAACAACCUUGCUAUUUUCGUAAUGGGUGAACUUAGGGAAAUGAGUUCAAGUGUCGCGGCGCAUAUUACCCUUUGUUCUGCCUACAAGUAUCUGCACUUCACUCAGCUGCAUCCUCGUGUCAAGCGCAUCAACUACCCGGCCUGGUUCUUCCUUGCCUCCUUGUCUUCGUACUGGGAUGUCGAGUUCCCCGCUGACAAGGUCAUGUACCCUUCCAACAAGAGCGAGGAAGAGCAGGAGCUCCUUUUCAUCGCGUCUUCCCUCGCCGACCGUGUUGAGCCCGAAGAUGAGGACCAAGAUGAGCCUGAAGACGAGGAGAGUGACACUGACGACCAUGUCACAAACGAGACCACUCCUAUCUCCGAACGCGAAAAGAUGGAGAAGAGACUCGCCAACGUAGAGGCCCAUUUCCUCUUCAUCCGCAGCCAGCAGAAGCUUCAGUCCGAACUGAUCGAAGAGGGCAUCAAGGCAGUCCGCGAGAUGGCCAAGUCUCUCAAAACGGAGACUGAGUUGAGCCAGGAAGAAGCGGAAGCCGAAAUCGCUUCUUAUGAACUGGUGCAUCGCGCCGUCAACUCCGAGGAUGGUGCUGUUGAGGAUGAAGUGGACUAA